AUGGCGUAUCUGGCGAUAAUACUUUUGAAGCGGACCAAGCCAGACGCGAAAGAGCAUUCAUGGCGGGUGAAAAUGAUGGGCAUAUUUUACAAGCAGUCCACCCCUGCGCGAAGGUGGGCAAUGGUGGUGGAAGAUGUACCUCAGGCCUUGCUGGCAAUGGCCAUUGCUUCUGAGGAGGGCUUCAGCACCUUCGCUUUUGUGGUGAACAUUGGGAUUCCUGCCCUGCGCUUUACUUUGGCUCUGUGGUUCCACAAUACUGUGGCCUGGGAGGUCCGCGAUUGGCUCCUGCAGGAAGCCUUCGAUGCAUGGCGGGCCGGCAGGCUCGAUCGUACAGAGGAAUUCGCCAUCGCCCUCUGCAGACUUCAGCAGGCAUAUCCAACGGAAGACCUGUGGACGAAAUUGGAUCAAGAACGCUUCCAAGCGGCCGUAGAACAGGUUUCAAGGAAGGACAUCCUGCAUGGCAUCAGCUGGUUGCUGAGAAACUUCCACGAGGCCACCGUGGUGGUGGUUGCGCUCGCCUUGAAGCAUCUCCUCGAGGAUGGCACAGUGCUGGCGGUGGACUUGUCGGGCUCACGGCUUGGCGAGGAAGCCUGCGGUGCUCCAGGCGAAGCCCUUUCGAAGCUGCCGGAGGUCACCGACCCGGAGAUCGAUCUUGCGCCUGCGACGGACCAUGGCUAUCGGGCUUUCUCUGACAACUUGGCCAAGAUGCCACGACUCGGCAAACUGAAACUCAAUGUGUUGAAGAGCAGAAUCGGCUGCCAGGCCAUCGCGGAGGCCCAGGCGAGGCUGCCUCAGGACACGGAGCUCGUGCUUCGAUUUGAGCAUAUAAUAUGCUUCACUGGGGAUGUCGCGCAGAUCCGCUUGCUCUACGCGAACGGGAGGUUGCCUCGGCUUUCUGACCAGUCUGGCUGCACGCUCGCGCAUUAUGCAGUUUCAAAUGAUCGGCUGCAUGUCUUGCAGCUGCUUCGGGACCUGGGAGGUGACUUGGAGGCACAAAGCAAGGAUGGCCAAACGCCCGCCCACUUGGCAGCAAGGCUAGGCCUCGGAUGCGACCUCAACAAGGCAAGUAGCGAUGGCUCGACUCCUCUGCACCAUGCAAUUGAGGAAAAGCGGUUGAAGGCGGUGAAGUGCCUCAUUGCUCAAGGGGUGGACCUCAACCGCCCAGGCUUCUGCCGAGCUCACGCCCUGGACUUGGCGUUGGACCGUGGUUUUACCGACAUCGCGGAGCUGCUCCGGGAGGCGGGGGCCCUGCCCGGGCCCCGGGUGCAGCUGGUGGGGCUCAAGAUACUGUAUCCCGAGGUGCCAGGCGGCGUUCCUCGCUGUGGAAAAGCUUUUCUGGUCUGCGGAUUCCCCGAGCUCAGGCGCGGAAGUGGGCGGUUCUACCACGAAAUCUGCCUCCGCAGUCACUUUUCCGAAUCACAGCUGGGCUGGGUGGAGAGUGAAGAGGAUGGAAAAUAUCGUCCCUCUCCCGAUGAUAAUCGUCUGAUUGGGUGGGGCAACCACAAUUAUCGUGGCAAAUGGGGAUAUUUACACCGCAAUGGUUUCACCGUCACCGAGGUGCCUGGCAUGGUCGGUCGCUGGAAGGUGGGAGAUGUGCUUGGUUUUGCGAUGGACCUGGACAGAGGUAUGGUGGGAUUCUUCACGAUGAAUGUGGACGAGACAUCUUGGAAGUUCCGACCGCCAUCAUCCGAAUAUCGGUCCUGGGGCUCCGGAGUGUUCCAUUGGGACUUGGAAGUCAGCAUCCCGGACAGCACCCCAGACAGCGCCCGCAGUGAUGUCUAUUUCCAGUACCACAAAACUCGGAAAACCACCUACGUGGAUCCGCGUAGCUGCCCCGUGGGCUGGGACAUGCGCCUUUCAAAGGAUGGCGAGAUCUACUUCGCCUACCUCCCGGCCAUGCGCACUACGCUUAUCGAUCCGCGAGGUUUGCCAGACAACUUCGAUGCUGCCCUGGAUGACAGCGCCAGGAUGUACUUCAAGAACCAUGAGAACCAGUCCACGACAUGGGAUGACCCUCGGAGUGGCCAGCAGGAG